AUGAAAAUAAAAUUCCUCAAAUCAAUACCGUUCCCAAGUCCUAUAUACGAUAUGCCAUACAAUACCAUACUACCACUACUAUACACAUGUGUCAUGGGCAGUCGGUAUGUGGUACACCUUGCUACACAAAUCGUCGUAAGACCCAUCUUACUUAUCAUACUUACUUACAAUGUUCUCUUUCAGACAAUACUUGCACUUCACUUAACAUUAGUAGUAUGCAAGCGGAAAUACAAAGAUUCCUCCUCCGAAGAAAGUAUAGAAAACGUCCUCUACUACCAGGAUUGCAAGCAUAAACGCGACCAACCAGCGGCAGUACAAAUGAGAGCCGUUGAACCACCGACAACCAAGAAGCCCCAAGAAUGCAAAAUGUGUUGUUCUAUGUGCUGUGGAGAGGAGUGUCAACAGUCAAGCACUUGCAACCAACAAAAGCCUCAAAUGAGACAGCCCCAGUUCACACCAGUGAAGAAAAUUGAGCCAGCUCGAGCCACCCGGCCGCGCGUACAAAAUCAAAACCCAUUUUUUGCUAGAAGAGAAUUUGGAUUGACAAAAGAAAACAUUAAGAGCCUUAUAUCUCAAGAUACGGAUAUAAGAAAGAUUUUAAAGGACUUGGUAAGAGUAACAAUGCAGAAGGUUGACCUGAUGCAGCUAUUGAAGGCGAAGCAGACUGAGAAGCCGCUGCUGAAAGAGAGCGAGUAUGAAAAUGAUUUAUAA